AAAAUCCGUUAAAAUUGUAAAUUAUUCCAUUAAUUAAUCCAUGAUAUAUUGACGAAAUAGUGUGCACGUUGCUCGGCAAGUUAAUUACCGACACGAUUAUUCACGGCUGUUUGGGUAGGAAAAAAGCCCGGAUCAAUCAAAAGGUGCGAUUCACUCGCUGCUACUGAUAUGAACGCUUCGGAACGUUUGAUUGAUCAAUCGAAACACGGCAAACUUCACGAACUAACGAAUCGAAGAAUGGCUUCGAGGCGCUUGUAGCGUCUGUGGUCACGUAUCGCACAAUAAACAAAGCUUUCCCCUCCUCUCUUCGACGCCUCAUGAAAAUGGCGCUUUAGAGCCGAGAUCGAGCCGCCCAUGAUGUAAAAAUGCAGUUGCAUGCCUCUGGAGGGGAUGAAGAAAUAAGGGCAAGGACCAAUCAUAUUAAAGAAUCAGCGAGUGCUUAGUGUAUGAUUGGUUCUUGCCGUUAAUUCUUUAUCCCCCUCCAGGCGUGGCUAUGUGACAGAAGUAUGAAAUCUACGCUGCUGAUUGAGCCUUGGUCGCAGGGGUUCCCGAAUUUCCCGGGUGCGUGAUUCUCACGCGCGUCUUCUCGUCUACACGAGACGGACAAUCCGCGACGGACGUUACCGUCGAGGAAGCGAAGUUGAUAAAGCGUAACUCACGAGCGAAAAAGUUUUAUUUUGAUAAGAACGACUUUACGCGAGGAACGCGCCAGGCGCUCAGUGAGCACAGAGUCCAGCCGGGGAAACAUUAUUUCGACGUCGAAGCCGGAGCUUCAAGAUGGGCGUCCCAAAAUUCUUCAGAUACAUAAGCGAGAGAUACCCUUGCCUCAGCGAGGUCGUGAAGGAACAUCAGAUACCAGAGUUUGAUUAUUUAUACUUGGACAUGAAUGGUAUCAUACAUACUUGUUCCCAUCCAAACGACGACGUCUGCUUUCGUAUCUCCGAGGAGAUGAUGUUCAAAAAUAUAUUUCAUUACAUAGAAGUACUGUUCAACAUGAUCCACCCACAAAAACUAUUCUUCAUGGCGAUUGACGGUGUUGCGCCUAGAGCCAAAAUUAAUCAGCAGAGGGGUCGGCGUUUCAGAUCUGCCAAGGAUGCUGAAUUGCAGGAGGCAAAAGCUAAGGCCAAGGGUAUCCCGAUACCAAGCGAAAAGAGAUUUGAUUCCAAUUGCAUUACCCCAGGAACACUUUUUAUGGCCAAGCUGGGUGAGCAGAUCAAGCGUUUCAUCGAACACAAGAUUUCCACUGAUGAGGCAUGGAUGAAAUGUAAAGUGCUAUUCAGUGGUUCUGAGGUCCCUGGUGAGGGAGAACAUAAGAUUAUGGAUUACAUAAGGUACAUGAAAGCAAGCGAGGGUUACGACAGCAACUCUAGACACUGUUUAUAUGGUCUGGAUGCUGAUUUAAUAAUGUUAGGUCUCUUUUCGCAUGAACCAAAUUUCUCUCUUGAGAGAAGAAGUCAGUUCGGUAAACAGCAAGUGAAGACCACCCCUGAGGAGACAAAGUUCUGUCUUCUUCACUUGUCACUUUUACGAGAGUAUAUAGAGCAUGAGUUCUCGCCAAUCAAAGAUAAGCUGUCCUUUUCAUUUGAUAUUGAGAAAAUAAUCGACGACUGGGUUUUGAUGGGAUUUCUGGUAGGAAACGAUUUUAUUCCCCAUCUGCCAUAUUUACAUAUUGCUAACGGUGCACUGCUUCUGUACCGUGCAUAUAUGGAAGUAUUACCGACGCUAGAAGGUUACAUAAAUGAAUCGGGAACAUUAAAGCUCGAUCGUUUUGAAAAGUUUAUGGAGAAACUUAGUCGUUUAGAUGUAGAACAGUUUAAUGAGCAUUAUGCUGAUAUAAAAUUUUUUGAAAGUAAGACCGGUAGAAAACCUAAUGAAACUGAACGUCACGUAUAUAAAAAAUUAGAAGAUGGUUUGGAGACUUCGUCUCCAAAGAAAACGCAAAACAAAGUAGACGCUCUUAUUAAAAGUACUACAGAAAUGUCUUUAGGUAAUUUUGACGAUGACGAUGAUGUCUUUAUAGAAUAUAGGGAUAACAUGGAUGUAAUAAUAGAUGAUGAAUCUGAUAGUGAUAUAUAUAACAUGGAAUUUGUACAACAUAAGAAAGAUUACUAUAUGAACAAGUUAGAAUAUGAAAAUGUUGACGAGGUGGUUUUACGCUCACAGGCUGAAGGCUAUGUGAGAGCAAUACAGUGGAAUUUGCAUUAUUAUUAUCAUGGCUGUUGCAGCUGGUCAUGGUAUUAUCCACAUCACUACGCACCAUACAUUUCAGAUAUAAAAGAUUUCAAAGAUUUAAAGUUAGAGUUCGAGUUAGGAGAGCCAUUUCUACCUUUUCAACAAUUGCUAGCUGUCUUACCAGCAUAUAGCAAAGAUCUGUUACCAGAGGCAUUUCAAUCGCUAUUGACAGAGGAAUCUUCUCCUAUUAUUGAAUAUUAUCCGCAUGAUUUUAAAACUGAUCUAAAUGGAAAACGACAAGAAUGGGAAGCGGUCGUACUUAUCCCAUUCAUUGAUGAAAAACUGUUAUUGUCUGCUAUGCAGCCACACUUACCAAGAUUAACAAUGGAAGAGCAAGCAAGAAACAAAUAUGGACCGAUGUGUCUGUAUUCGUAUACCGACGAAGUCGGAAGUGUUCACAAGGCAACAUUAUACUUUCCAGAAUUUACCAGCCAUGCUCAAGUAAAAUUAAUGAAUCGCGAUGACAUUUUCGUUCCAAGGGAACGAUUAGUCAGAGGAUUGUCUCUUGGUUUUGAUCUCAAACUUUAUUAUCCAGGAUUUCCUAUACUGCGACACUUGGAUCAUAAGGCACAUUUGGAAAAAAGCAAAGGUCAAGGUAUUUCAACAACCUUCGGUUGGAGAUAAUAUGAUUCUAAGUCUAAUAUUGAAGCCGACACCAAAUGUGGCAAGUU